AUCCAAAAUUCAUAAAAUGAGUUCCAGUCGUGGUGCCAGUAAAAAAUCUCCUGCUGGUUCUACUAGACUCAAACCAAAUCCCAACUUCUUCAACUCUCCUAGUCAAAGUGAUGGGGUAGGUAAGGAGGGGACUGUACCAGAAUCCUUAUUGAAAGAAGCUCGUAAAACCGGUUCACUGAACCUGUCAAACAGAUGGUGGGACCAGGUCGAACUGACUAGACUGGAUCUAUCAUCUAACAAAAUCAAAGAAAUAUCUGAACAUAUUGAAAACUUUAAUUCAUUGUCAGCGCUUGAGGUCCAGUACAAUGAGUUAACAUGUCUACCUAAUAAUGUGAUCAUACUGGAUAAACUAUCUAGAAUAUUUGCAAGGUGAAUAUUGUAUCCACUC